UCCACGCGAAGUGAUGACGUCAGAAGAGAGGGACGCUUAAAGGAAAAUAACUGCGGCUUUUGAAUACAUUUUUAGCAAAUACAUUCCAUAAAAUACUGCAAUGUCUGUGAAUUAUGCUGCUGGUCUCUCUCCGUAUGCAGACAAGGGUGUGUGCGGACUUCCAGAGGUGUUUGACAACCCCGAGGAGCUGAAAGCGAAGGUGGAGAGCCUGGCUGAGCUUAUAAGAGAGUCCAAACACCUGGUGGUGCACUCUGGAGCAGGGAUCAGCACCUCAGCAGGCAUACCUGACUUCAGGGGUCCAAAGGGUGUGUGGACGCUGGAAGAAAAAGGGGAGUGCCCUCACUUUAACACCACCUUUGAAGAGGCCCGGCCCAGCCUGACCCACAUGGCCCUGCUCGGACUCCAGCGGGCCGGAUACCUGAAGUACCUCAUCAGCCAGAAUGUGGACGGCCUGCAUGUGAGAUCCGGCUUCCCAAGGGAUUUGUUGUCGGAGCUCCAUGGAAACAUGUUUGUGGAGGAGUGUGAAAAGUGUGGCAGACAGUAUGUGAGGGAGAAGGUGAUUGGCGUGAUGGGGCUCAAACCAACGGGACGUUAUUGCGAUGUGGUGCGCUCAAGGGGGCUCAGAGCCUGCAGAGGGAAGUUAAUGAGUACUAUACUGGACUGGGAGGACGCGCUUCCUGACAGAGAUCUCAACAAGGCAGACAGUGCAAGCAGACUUGCAGACCUGGCACUGACGCUGGGCACCUCCCUGCAGAUCAAACCCAGCGGUGACCUUCCACUGCUCACCAAACGUAAAGGCGGGAAAGUGGUCAUUGUCAACCUGCAGCCAACCAAGCAUGACAAGCAUGCGCACCUGCUCAUCCACGGCUACGUGGACCAGGUCAUGGAGCAGCUCAUGGACCAUCUCGGCUUGGACAUCCCAAAGUGGGAGGGGCCCACCGUGUGCGAGAGCUGCACCGAUGUCCACGUCAAGUCCCUUAGCGCGGACGUGAAGGUCAAAGGUGAACCGAGAAAGAGAGCAGCAGAGUAUGUAGAAGACACCGUCAAAGAAGAAACCGUAAAGAAGGAGAGGGCAGAAGACUCCAUCAAAAAGGAGACCGUAAAGAAGGAGAGGGCAGAAGACUCCAUCAAAAAGUAGACCGUAAAGAAGGAGAGGGCGGAAGCUAUGUGACAACAAAUAGUACUCUCCUAACCAAAACUACGUCCUGCCUUCAAAAAGAGAUCCAGAUUGAUAUCGCCUCUUUAUUUCCACGGGAGCACCUUGGUGGAAUCUUCUUUGUCCCUGAAGAAGCCUCAGCCUGACGCCUCACAAGAUGACAUUCAUGCGAGGCGACAACUAGUAGGUUUCUCCCGCCGUGAUGCUUGUCAAAAUCUACAAGGCAUGUGUGGAAGUUGCGUCCUCGCAGUCCCGCUGUCAGACACAGCACAGGAGCCAAGCAUGCAGGUUUUAAGAAGGUUUUUAAAGGGGAACAUUAUCACCAGACCUAUGUAAGCGUCAAUAUAUACUUUGAUGGUGCAGAAAAAAGACUAUUUUUUUAACCGAUUUCCGAACUCUAAAUGGGUGAAUUUUGGCGAAUUAAACACCUUUCUGUUUAUCGCUCGGAAAGCGAUGACGUCAGAAUGUGACGUCGCCGAGGUAACACACCCGCCCUUUUCAUUUUCAACACAUUACAAACACCGGGUCUCAGCUCUGUUAUUUUCCGUUUUUUUGACUAUUUUUUGGAACCUUGAAGACAUCAUGCCUCGACGGUGUGUUGUCGGAGGGUGUAACAACACUAACAGGGAGGGAUUCAAGUUGCACCACUGGCCCGAAGAUGCCAAAGUGUCUGCCGCCAGACCCCCAUUGAAUGUGCCAGAGUGUCUCCACAUUUUACCGGCGAUGCUAAGGCAGACAUGGAACAGAGAUGUAUGGAUAACCUGCAGAUGCAUUUGCAACGAUAGUCAACGAAAUCACAAAGGUGAGUUUUGUUGAUGUUGACUGCCAGCUAAUCGAUGCUAACAUGCUACGCUAAUCGAUGCUAAUAUGCUAUUUACCGGUGGUGCUAAAGCAGACAUGGCACAGAGAUGUAUGGAUAACCUGUAGAUGCAUUUGCAAAUAUAUUACGUUUCCUUCCACCCACAUUUAAUACGAAAAAAACACUUACCAAUCGACGGAUUUAAGUUGCUCCAGUGUCAAAAGAUGCUAAAGUCCUGAUCGUUUGGUCCGCACAUUUUACCGGCGAUGCUAACGCAGCUAUUCGGCCAUGCUAUGGCUAUGAAUAGCGUCAAUAGCUAUUCGCUCAAUAGCUUCAGUUUCUUCUUCAAUAUUUUCAUACUCCAACCAUCCGUUUCAAUACAUGCGUAAUCUGUUGAAUCGCUUAAGUCGCUGAAAUCCGAGUUUGAAUCCGAGCUAAUGACGCUAUAUCUUGCUGUGGUAUUCCCAUUGUUUGUUUACAUUGGCAGCACUGUGUGACGUCACAGGGAAAUGGCCAGUGUCUUCGCAGAGAGCGAAAAUAAGGCACUUUAAAGCUUUAUUUAGGGAUAUUCCGAGACCGGUAAAAUUAAAAAAAAAACUUCAAAAAAUACAACAAGCCACUGGGAACCCUUUGAAAUUGUGAUAAUGUUCCCCUUUAACAACAUUUUUGUCUCCAGUAAAACGUGUCUUUUCAGUCACGUCCGUAUCCUCUCUCCCCUCCUGCCCCCGGCCGCUUACUGUUAAAGACAACAGAUGAUUAGGUUAACACGUACCACCUGGGAAAUCUAAUCCCCUUGCCAGCUGUCACCCGCCAUCAGCACUGCCACGCCCCGCACCUGAUGGUGCUUUGUCCUCAGCACCAUGGACAGAGGCGGUGACCUUUGCACCUGCAGGCAGCGCCGGCCGCAUCUCCCUCCACAGCAUUGUUAUAAAUAACGCCUUUUAAUAAGGUGCCAGCACCUUAUUAACAUGUUUAUUUGUAACAUUGUGUUCUAGUUUUUGUCCCUCUGGUAAAGAAACAUCUCUUUGUGUGAAGGACGUACUACAGGAGCCUUAAGCUCAAUUCUACUACAAUAGAACCUAUUGUUGUAAAUAGAUUAUUGUUACUAAAUGACUUUUUUUAAAUCUCAGGGAUAAUGUUUUAGUUUUUUUUUUAUACUUUUGCUAAUAAAUCCAAGCAAAGCC